CACGAUCAGAAAGGAAGAACUUCAAGAAAGAGUGAACAAGACUCACCAGGAGAUCCAGCUGAACUGAAAUCCUCUAAACAUGAAGACCUUCAGUGUUGCAGUUGCAGUGGCCAUCAUGCUCGCUUUUAUUUAUAUUCAGGAGAGCUCCGCUGUGGCAGUCACCGAGGAGCACGAGCUGGAGGAGCCAGCGAUCCCUGACACUCCUGUUGCCCUUGAGGAGGCAUCAGUGGACUCCUGGGAGACGCUGUAUAAGAGCAGACAGAAGCGCGGCUUCAAGUGUCGCUUCUGCUGCGGCUGCUGCGGACGUGGCGUCUGUGGACUCUGCUGCAAAUUCUGAAGCUUCCCGCUUUGCGUGUUCAGAUUCCUGCAGCAACACCACAAAUAUUAGUUUUUGCUUUUGCACAUUCAGAGUUAAAGCUGUGUUCACUGUAUUUGACUGUGUUUCUUGAUAUUGUCAUGCUGUUCAACGGGUUGAUGUGAUGUGAACAAUUUGGAUAUUAUGCUAAAUGUUUGAGUGUGCUCUCCCAAUAAAAGUGAAAGACUCAAUACUACAAAGUGCAAAAGUGUUUCAAUUACAAAUAUAAAGCAUGUUCUGUAG